AGGAAGAGGUCAGUGCGCCGCCGCUGGGGGAAGAAACUUCGCUCCAGGACUUGGUCCUUCGGUUCUUCCCCGGCCAAGCGCGGACGGAGCCCCCCAGGAGAAUCCUUCCUUCCUGCCUCACAAUCAGCAGCUCUCUAGAUUCCGCCAGAUCCGCUUCUCUUUGAUGUGACUCGAGAUGGUGGUGGGACGGUCGCCGUGGACUUGCUGCUGCUGGCUGGGGGUUGUUCUCUGGCUGCUGACUGGAGGAAGAAGCUUUGGCAUGGAGCUCUGCCGGAGCCCCCCGUGCAGCAGCAGUGGCAGCAAGGGUGAACAUCAACCUGGCGUCAGACCACACUGCCAGGGGGCCCGUUGCUCAGGCAGAGCGAGCCGCCCCUCCCGAGCUUUCGUUCACACCACGAUGCCUGGGCGUGGGCAGCCACACAGCAAGCAGCAGCCACCCGUGCUCCAGCAACAGCAGCAGCCCUUAACAGGGAGCAGUCUGGGACACGUUGCCAUGGUUACGAGGCUCACGGGGGAAGGUUGCUCUGGAGGGGGAGACUGCGCCACCAGAACUCCCAAUGGCACCUUACGGGACUGCAAGGGCAUCGAGUGUCACCUACCCCUGCGCAUUCGGCAGAAGCCCCGGCCGGCCGGCCACACUGCUCCGUGCCCCCCAGAUCAGGGCGAAAGAUGUGCUGAACCUGCCCUGGUCAGAAUAACAGAGAGGGCAGCCCAGUUCAUUGGGGAGGAUCUUGCCUAUGCAGCUUCAGAACUGGGAGGUGCCCCUCUGGGUGUUCAGCUUACCUGUGACGUCAAACCAGGGGAAAACGAGUUUCCAUCCGAAGAUGCGCUGAUACUGCAGCUCCAGCUCACGAAAGGACAAGAGAAGUUUAUUGAAAUGCUAAAAAGCCAGCAGAUGGUCAUUGUGGAUUUACAGCAAAAACUCACAGAGCAGCAAAACACACUGGCUGCCCAGCAGCGGGAGAUCAUUGAGCAGCAAAGGAAAAUGUAUGAGCAAAUGGAUCUGAUAAAAGUGCAGUAUGGCAUGCUUUUUGACACAGUGAAGCAAAUGUCAUUUAAGAGUUUGCAAGAGGACAUUCAGCAUUAUUUUGAAGCUAAUCUCCAAGGCCUCCAGAGCCAAGUCAGAAAUCACUUUCAUAAAUCGUACUCCGGGCAUAAAGUAGAAGUUGAUGCAAAAGUGAUUAAUAUCGGGGAGCCUUUACUGAACUGUGGCAUUUGUGAAAGUGACGAGUUUUGCAAUUUCCAGAAGACACCCGCGCGCUGUGACAAAUGCACCUUGUGCCCUGCCGGCUUUUUUCAGCUGUCUGAAUGUUCUGCAAAUGCUGAUCGGAUAUGCCAGGAUAGAGAUGAGUGCGUUGAGUCGCCAAACAUCUGCGGAGAGAGGAUAAAAUGCCUGAAUACUCCAGGAGGUUUCCGAUGUCUGGGAAUCCCGGAAAAAGAUGCCGCCUUGGGGUUGUGCGGACAGGAGUACUUUUUUAACAAAGAGCUGCAGGAGUGUCAGGCUUGUUUCGUGUGUGAAGAUGAAGUGGUUGCUUACCCUUGCUCCACUGUCAGCGAUACCGUUUGUUCAGCAGGCAGCGAAAACAAGCUUUCUGAGUCAUGGGCUGCAAACAUGGUCUUACCCUUGCCCAAAUCCAGCUCAGCUCAAGUCUAUCCUGGCUUAAACUUGAAGAUAAAGGGAAAGCAGGCAUGCGAAUUGGUUGCCAUCGAAGAGAAUGGCCUGCUAUUCAAGCAGCAUGGCUUGGUGUGGGCUGACCUCAAUUUUGCUGUGAAGCACAAUUGUAGGAACUUUCUCCAGCUUUCCUUAAAAUUCAACAACAGCGAGGAAGGCUGUGAGCUCAGUGGAGUUCGCAUAGAGCAACCGGAAGGCAAAAUUUUCCAGAGCGUCAGCGUCAGCAUUGCUGCGGAGGUAGAACCAGGCCAGGCUCUUUCAGUGCUUUUGAAGAGCCCAAAUCAGUUCUGCAAUCAAAGUAAAGACCUAAACAUUUAUGACCUUAACACACCCCUUAGUUUGUUUUGGUUAUCCCAUGAUACUGGAGCAGUGGCCAUGACAGCCCAAAUGUCAACCGCCUUGCACUACCAAACGAACUAUCGGCCAACCUUCAAAUUAACUUCCUUGUCUGACCCUUACAUGCUGACGUUGUCCCAUGAUGGCAGAGCCAUCAAGUUUACUGAAACGGGAGUUGUGAAGUUUGUUUUUCACCAAGCCCUGUAUUCUAUGGGUCAUACCUGCAUCCGAGAAGGUUUCUCUGUGAUAGUUUACCUCAACAGAAACGGAACCAAUGCAGAACUAAUGACGGUACAUAAAUCUGGUGUCAAUUACAGAGACACGUCUGUCUCGGCUUCUGGGGCCACCAGGGUUGGAGCUGGGGAUCUGAUUAGCUUUGAGAUCCUUUCCCCAGCACAAUGUAAUGUUCGUUAUUUUGGAGAUAGUUCUGGAAUUAGUGUGCUUAGCCUCAUCUGGAUUCCAUCUGCCGUUUCCACUGCUCUUUCAGCCUUGGUGUCCAUUACAGGCCUGCCUACAGGAGCCGUCAGAAACAAAUUACUGGAUUUCACUCAGGUCUCAUCCAGUGAGAAACAGAUACAGCUGGUUUCCACUGGGCAACUUGCUCAGAAGUACUUUGUAUUUACUGAAAAGGGAGUGGCCAAUGUUGCCUUUAAUUUGAAGUUGAUCCACUCAUGUAACAUACUCCGAGUAACUCUUAAUCACCUCAUCAGUGGGCAUACGCAGCCCACAGCGAUUGCGCAGCAAGUUGGAGGCCAAAUGCCUGAGGGAAGCAUCUGGACUAGUGUUUCUCUUCGCACGUCUUUUGAAGUUCGCAAUGGUACGAUGGUAUGCAUUUCUCUUGACUGUGUGCAUGGCAGGAUCAACCAUAUUGCUCAUGAGCAUGGAACCAACUUAUCCAUUUUAUGGAUUUCGUCUUAGCUGUCCUGGCAGAUAGCUGAAACUUAACAAAUACGAGGAAUAAGUCAAGAUGAAAGAUCGCAUCCGUCAACCCAAACGUUUUGUGAAACAUUUCAAGCUGCAGAUGAGAGGCAGAGACUUUUCAAAGGAGGGAAUUGGCAAGGCAAAAUGGAACAAACGAACGAUCUGUAUUGGUUGGCUUAAAUGCAAUUUAGUUAUUAAGCUGCCUGUUUACUUGUGGUUUAAAAUUUUAACACAGAAUUAUGGAGAUGACACUUUUAAGGUUCCAUCUUUUGUUUCAUCCGUACUAAAGUCCAGUUCAGACAUUAACAUUGUUAUGUGGAAGAUAUUUGUGUAUAGCAGGACCACACUUCUGUAGUAACAUUUACUAGGAUGGAUGACCAAGGUGGUAACUGACUGUUUUGCAGAAGAGUUCGCAGUUUCUCCUAACCAACGGCACCAGGGUUGGUUAGUAUCCAGCCAUGCAUAUCUAGCUCUCAAGCUGUUACGAAUAGGUUCUAAGACACUUCUUUUCCAACGGCUUUUGCCUCCCUUUGCUGCACAAUUCACACUUGGUGGGUUUUAUUAUAACCCUUUCAAGAGUGUAUCAAAAUAGAUCAGAGAGCCAUUAAAAUCAUCAUCUUGCCAUUGUAAUAAGGUAAAAAGUAUUUUCUGUAUCUGUGCCAUUUCUAAUGUCCAGUAUUUCAAUAUGUAUUAUAAAUGAUGAUUCAUUCAGGAUAAUAGUAUACAUAGCAUCAUUUUUAAUCAAGAGUUAAACUUCAAAAUAACCAUUAGCUGAAAACAUAUUUAGCACCAAAGAGUACUUUUAGCUUGAAGGCAACUCUGCCGGAAAAUUCCAAAGUCAGCUUAAAACUCACCAUUCUGGCAAAGCAAAUAUGCCUAACAAAGAUGUUGGCUGUCUUAAAGAAAGAAACCACCCUUGAGUAGUAAAACAAACCCACCCAUUUUCUAAUCCUAGAGUUCAUUGUUGGUGAAGGGGAAAAUUGCUCUGUGUUGAAGGCUGCCAUAGUAACCACUGCCUGAAGGCUUUGUAAUGACCUUCGGCACUGGAAGGCCGAAGGUCUAGUAGUGAAAAUAUUUGUUCAUAUGCAUAUGUACUUCUAAAAAGAAAAGACAGGGCACAACCCAGCCAAAAAGCAAAGCCCCGUGAGGACCUUUUGACUUCUAGGAUAAAUUUAUCGCUGAAAACCGGGGGCAUUUAACUGGAUAACUCAUUUUCUCCACAGAUAAUGAGUACUUUCAAAGGCCAGCUGUAGUAUUUAUCAUGUACAUAAAACACAUGAUUUAUAUAAAACAUUGUUUUUAUAAAGUGAAACCCAAAACCCCUGGAGCUUGCCUUUAUCUUACAGAUUGUUAUCAGAAGCUCUGAAAGAGACCCUCUCCGCUAAACUAUAGCAUGUGAGAUAUUUUAUAGCUAUGAGCAGAAGAGUCUGUUAUUGUCUUCACAUUACAAUAGUGAGUGUAGGAUUUCAUUGGCCUUUUCAUUGCCCGGGCAGUUGGUCUGAAGUCUUGGUAUGUGUAGAUCUGAGGGAAGAAAUAGAGGCUCAGAAACAGAGCAUCCGCUUGGCAUGCAGAUGGUCCCGGUUUCAGUUCCCAGCAUCCAUUUUAAAAUCAUAGAAUCAUAGAGUUGGAAGAUACUGGAAGGGCGAGCAAGUCCAACCCCCUGCCAUGCAGGAACUC